UUAGCCAGUUUGCAUCUUUCUGUACGGGUGUGCUAUAUUUCAUAGGCGGUAUUAGACGCCAAUUUGGAAGGUUCGUGACUUCUAUAUCCACGUUAGGCUCUAUCAAGGAGGCGAAACAUAAAUACGGAUAGGAAUAUUUUGCUAGAUAUAUCAUCUGGCAGUGGCAUAUUGGAAGGGGAUCAGUUUUUCGGUCGUACUAAAGACGCAUUCGCCUUUUAUGUGUCUGAUGCCUGCCAUCAGUAAAAAAUACCUUUAAAACUUACCCUGCCACCAACCGAAAGAGGUUCGGCCGAGAAACCUGUUUUUAUUGAUACCUGUGACUUUAGGAGUUGAUCGACAAACGAAAUUAGGCGAAGACGUGCCUUGCAAUUGCACUAAAAACAAUACUUGAUUGGUUGUGGAUAUUCAGUUCUUUGGAUAUCAAAAACAAAAGAUGGCAACUGGUGGAAAUGGACCACACGACUACAGGAAGAUUUUGAAGCAACCAGAUCAGAAGCCUUCAGUCAACAAAUGCAUAGAGCAGGUGUCAUCUGGAAGUUCUCUGACAAAAGUCAGGCGGUCCAGGUCGUUCGACAGAGGUUUCAAAGUCAAGGAUGGUCUCACCAUGGAACAGACUAAUUCCAAGAAGAUAUUCCCCUGGCACAGAAACAGCUAUUCUGUGGAUGAAAUCGUGGAGGUGCGGACUGACAUGAACACUGAAGUCUUCAACAAGAACAAGUCAAGGUUGUCAAAUGUGCCGGAGAACCGCUGUUUCUCUCUUGUCAUUGGCAGCAAGCGGAAAACCCUUGAUCUGGUUGCUGACAAUACCGAGGAACGCGACACCUGGGUCAGAGGCAUCCAAGCAUUGGUAUCGAAGAGGAACAACUCGAAUAUCAGGGACUACCAGGACUCAUGGGUCAAGGAAUUUUUCAUCAAGGCGGACAAGGACAAGGACGGGAGUCUGACCUUUAAAGAAAUCGAAAAGGUCCUGCCAGAAAUGGGCAUCGACAUCAAGAAAUCUCACAUAGAGCUGCUUUUUGAAGCUGCCAACACUGACAAGGCUGCUAACAAGAAGGGCCAGCAGUCCCUUGACAAGGAUGAAUUCGUGGCAUUCUGCAGAUCUCUACAGGCCCGACCAGAGGUAGACCAAAUAUUCGAAGUGCACACGCAGGAUGGUGAAUACAUGAAGAAACAGGAGUUCAAGAAAUUUCUCGCGCAGGAACAGAAAAUGACCGUGAGUGACCAGUACGUGUUGGACAUGUUCAAGGCUUAUGAACCAUCGGAGAAAGCAAGACUUAGCGAGCGGAUGAGUAUCGAAGGCUUCAGGCUGUAUCUGUUGGAUGGGGCCCAGCACCUGAUGAAACCGGAACACAAGAAGAUAUUCCAAGACAUGACUAGGCCACUGACAGAUUACUUCAUCAACUCGUCGCAUAACACCUAUCUAAUGGGUGAUCAACUGAAAGGCACAAGCAGCACGGAAGCAUAUAUCAACGUCUUAGAAAAAGGAUGUCGGUGUGUGGAAUUGGAUUGCUGGGAUGGGCCAGACAACGAGCCGAUAGUCUACCACGGUCACACACUGACUUCGAAGAUACUUUUCAAGGACUGCAUCAAAGCCAUCAACGACUACGCGUUCAAGGCUUCCAAAUACCCAGUACUACUGUCCUUUGAAAAUCACUGCUCAGUGGAACAACAGAAAGUCUUGGCCAAGUACACGAGGGAGAUCAUGGGAGACAACCUCCUGACGAAUCUUUUCGACGCCUGCCCCGAUGCCAUGUGCUCAGCCGAGUUGGCGAAAGGGAAGAUCUUGGUGAAAGGAAAGCGUGGAAAGAAAAUUCCAAAACCUAUAAAACCAGAAGGAGAGGAGAACGAGGAACAAGAUGAAGAUGAAGAUUGGGACGAGGCCGAUUAUGCGAGCGAGGAUGACGAAGCUGCCGAUAUCGAGCAUGAAAUGAUUGGAGAACUGAAGCGGAAGGAAGAAGAGGAGGAGGAGGAGAAGAAGAAAAAGAAGAAGAAGAAAGGUUUAGCUAUUGCGAAGGAGUUCUCCGAAUUGUGCGUGUACAUGUCCGGGGUGAAGUUCACCGGGUUUCAGGAUGCAUUCGAAAAAAACGAAUUCUACAAUAUGUCGUCCCUCAAGGAGAAGAAAUUCAAGAAAAUACUGGAGACCGAGGCUGACAUAUUUGUCGAGAACAACAAGAGAUUUCUUGUGAGACUGUAUCCAGAUGGGUCGAGGACAGACUCCAGUAACUAUGAUCCGUGCGAUGGCUGGAUCUGUGGGGCUCAAAUAGUUGCAUUGAACUACCAGACCCCUAGCAAGGGAGUCCAACUGAUACAAGGCCUGUUCUCAAUCAAUGGAGAAACAGGAUACGUUCUCAAACCAGCUUUCCUAAGAGACAGAAAUAUCAAUUUUGAUCCUCGUGGCCCGUUUCCCAUAGAAUGGGAAAAGAAGCUCACUAUCACUGUCAUCAGUGGCUACCAGCUCCCAAAGAAUCCGAAAUCUUCCGGAGUGUUGGACCCGUACGUGAAGGUCAAGAUCUACGGAGUCAAAGCCGAUAGGCAGAAACAGGCAACUGAUGUGGUGAAGAAUAAUGGUUUUAACCCAGUUUGGAACGAUAGAUUCACCUUCACAGUAAAGGUGCCCGAACUUGCGUUUCUAAGAUUGGCAGUGAAGGACAGUAACACUGCUAUGGCGGAUACCGGUUUGGCUUACUACUGCAUUCCAUUCGAGUCCAUGCAGCAAGGUUAUCGCCACGUGAAACUGAGGAAGCCUGACGGACGGCUUACGAAACGUUCAUUUCUACUGCUGCAUGUCAAGAUCGAGUCGGAAAUAUAAGGAUAUGAACUGUGUCAUGCGUGAGAAUGAUUGAUACGCAUAAUGUCCCAUAUGCAAAGUAUUUAUGUUGGGUUCACGCCCAAAGCCAUAAUGCCUUUUACACACGGUACCACACACCCCAUGCUGGUCGAAAAACCCGAUAAGAUGCUUGAAGACAUGAUCUGAAUCGAAACAACCACAUAAAGAAUUGCCCCGACUGCCGAGAGUCGAACGAACUCCACGACCAAGGAAUUUCGAACAUUACGUUAUUUGUUCCUUUCCUCGCUCAGAAGAAUUCGGGCCUGACCCAAUGCAUGGUCUAUUGUGAAACGAAGCCGGCUUGCAACUUGGCCAAAAUUUCUAUUGUUUUAGUGUCUCAAGAGUUAUCAGGGCAAAUCCUUGAUAACAUUGACUACCACGAAACAACUUUUCUUGGGGGGGGGGGGGGGGGUCGAUAUAUUAACUACGGCAAGGGCAAAUUAACUGCCUCAAAGAAUCUUACAGCCUCGCAAGCGUCUUAUUUGGAUUUUUGAUCUGCAGCUCCAGAUGAGGAGUUCUCGAAAGGUACUUAGGCAAACGUCGCCGUCAUAGAUUUCUAUGAUGCGUCAUCAUAUACUCAUUAUGCCCGUGGUAGAUUCUACUACUAUGGAAAUAACACCAUACAUAUUAUACAAAUAUAGGUUCAAUCACACACUCUUAAAAGCAAGGGGUUUAGAGCUUUUCAGUAACCUUUGACGGUUUUUCAGCCAGCACAAAAAGCGCCCUCUAGAGGUUUUUCAGAGAAAUAAACCGUCACGGAAUCCACCAAAGUGUAUAAACCCAGUGACAGCCGACAGCCUUUUUCAGGAAAGUAAGACUGGUUCACCAAUUCCAAUAUGAUUAUGCCCUGAUCAAACUCGCACUGUGACGAAACUUGAAAUGAAACUUUCAGACAGUCUAAUUGAUAAAUAGCCGCAAUCUUGGAUAUCGGCUUCCUGAGACUCAGGGUUUUGAUAAUCCUGCGUCAUAUACUGUGUCACUUGUUCAAAGUGUAAGACUUAUUCGGGACUAAUAAGUGCCAUCUUCUUUCAUAAAACGGUUUAUUUUAUCAAUAUAUAACAAUAUAUGAUCUUUGUAAAUAAAACCUGACACUUUCUGGUGAGUUUCAAUGUGAUUUUAUGGGGAACUAAAUGCCGCGUAGGGCAGCAAUCUUUUUCGCUGGCUGAGUUGUGAUGCGACAGCUUUUUGGCCAAUCGAAAAACUCGUUCCUUUUCUAUCGGCUAUCUUCGGUACUGCUUUUCAAUAUGGUGGCAACUUACUUGCACUAGAGGAGUUGUAAGGAUCGAAAUCAGCGCCUUUAGUGUAAAGAUUGUGCUCUGAUGGCCCGUCAUAUAUAAGUCUAUAAUUGAUUCCCUACUACAUUAUAUUCGGUAAAAUUAUCAUGUUUAUCCAAGGUGACAGUAUAAAAGGUUACGCGAUUUGUUACCUUAUAGACUCGAUAGUGUCGAAGCCUCAGCUAACCUCUUUUAUGAAUGAAUGACAUGAAUGUUGUGCAUUGACCUCUAGCUAUCUAUGAGGCCGCAUGAGUGGGCACAAACUCGGUUUUUAGCAUUUCUGAGGACCCUUGAAAAAACCGGUCUGCGUUUGAAAUUAGUUCUAGCUUGACGAUUUUUUGGCAAAAACAACUUACUUCGCGGUGAAUAUCAUAUAAUAUCAUAUAAAUAUUACACGUCAAGCCUUUAUUUCUCCCGGAUCAUAACCCGUCUGAUACUUUCUGGCAUUAUUUGGUUGUUUGAAUUAUCAUGGUUUUCAUGGCAGCCGCUUAUAGAAAUCGUGUGCUUUUUUAAUCAGCAAUUUACCCUGUGACUAACGAAGAUAUUUGUACAAUUUAUGUGUAUACAAAUAAUGUAGUGUAGAGAAGCUAGCGUUUUGGCGUAUAUUCUAGACUUGCCGAUCUAAGACCGUUUCUGAAUAUGCAAGCCACGCUCCCGUAGAUAUUUAGCGCAUUUUUAUUGGAUGCCAUUUAACGUUGUUCAAUCGAGAUUGACAAUGGGUAGGCGACACCAAUUUGUCUAAUGGUUAUGUCACUCGCCGUUGCAUACAUUUUAUAAAAAGAAUUCAGGAUGCAAGGCCCAUACUAGGAUUUCACUUUAUUAUUAAUACGAUUUCUUUUGUUGAAGAGUCUUUGCCAAUUAGUCUUUGGCUGAGACAGGGAAAUUAUCGACUGCACCAACUACUGAUAGAACUAGUGGUAAGCUAAUGUCACAAGUGAUCAGUUCAUUCCCAAUGCCAACCAUGCACUGUCAAUCAACUUACCAAAAUUUGAAGACGGACAAGUUUGAGUCAGUAGGGAGGUUGAGAGGGACUUAUUAUCAACGGAACUGUUUAUGUGUACGUAUAGAAAUGUCCACAGAUUGGUCCCUUUCUUCAUGGUGUUAUCCGUACAGGUCUUUGAUAAGUCGCUGUUCUUAACCUCCAAAUCAUAUGAAGGGACUGGAUCUUGGUCUCUUCAAUAAAUAUUAUACUUGAAGGAGUCAUGCCACAGGUUAAUGAACUGCGGUCUUAUAUCAGUGAGUCAAGAAAAUACAAAAUCGACCAUAGAUCAAAUUUCCCGAGGUUGAUUCGUGAAGCCGUAAUUAUCUGGAGUUUAUCUCUUUUGGAUAUGGUCCACCCGAUUGUAAUCGGAACAUUUUACAUUACAAAUGAUCGAAUGUAUCUAGUAAUUGACUAUUCAUUUAAAUUUUGUCAGCAAUGUUUUGUUUUUGUGUCAGGGGGUGCAAACCACUGGUCGGAUUUCUUUAAAGCGUUUUUUUUUAUUGUGCUUUGUGACCAAACACAAAUUUUAGUAAGCGUAAAUAUUGUCUGUUGUUAUUAAAAAAAAUAAAUCCUUUAGUGAAAUCACCGGAUAAAGGCCAUAUUUGUUUUAUGAGAUCGGAGCGUUGGUUGGUUGACACUACAAAUUCACCCUGAUAAGCCAAGAAAUAAAUCGUACAAAAUGUACACGAAUGCGUCUGUAACAAAAUCAAAAUAUUUGGUUACCAAAAUGAGAACUUUCUUUGGUCGAGAAGCGCAUAUCAAUAAAGAGAAAACAAACUUCAGAGAAAUCUGACUUUGCUCCACUGCCCGAAAAGAUGCGGACAAAUGUUUAUCAUCGAAUCUACAUGUAGUAACUAAUAAAGAUAGUUGACAGAAAUAGAAAA